AUGGUUUGGGAGAAGGAGAAGAUCGUCGGAAGCUGUAUAAUCGGAGGAGCCACCUUCGCCGUGGGAGCUUCGUUCCUCCACCUCUUCCUCAAAGGCGAGCUUCCCUUAGGCCUAGGGUUAGGCACGCGUCUGGUCUCGUUCAGGAAACAGAGGCCCGUUCGCGUGUACAUGGAUGGUUGCUUCGACAUGAUGCACUACGGCCACUGCAACGCGCUGAGGCAAGCGCGUGCACUCGGUGAUCAAUUGGUGGUUGGUGUUGUUAGUGAUGAGGAGAUCAUAGCUAAUAAAGGACCUCCUGUUACUCCUCUUCAUGAAAGGAUGGUAAUGGUGAAGGCGGUGAAAUGGGUAGAUGAAGUCAUACCGGAUGCUCCUUAUGCCAUCACGGAAGAAUUCAUGAAGAGGUUGUUUGAUGAGUAUCAGAUUGAUUACAUCAUCCAUGGGGAUGAUCCUUGUGUUCUUCCUGAUGGAACUGAUGCUUAUGCAGCGGCUAAGAAGGCUGGGAGGUACAAGCAGAUUAAGCGUACUGAAGGAGUUUCCAGCACUGAUAUCGUUGGUCGCAUGCUUCUCUGUGUACGAGAAAGAUCGAACAGUCAGAGUCAUUCUUCGCUGCAAAGGCAGUUUAGCCAUGGCCAUAAUAGCCCAAAGUUUGAUGAUGGAGGUUCUUCAGCUGGUACUCGAGUCUCACACUUUCUUCCUACUUCCCGCAGGAUCGUUCAGUUCUCCAAUGGCAAGGGACCAGGACCUGAUGCACGUAUAAUUUACAUUGAUGGUGCUUUUGAUCUUUUCCAUGCUGGCCAUGUUGAGAUUCUCAGGCGUGCUCGAGAGCUUGGAGACUUUCUUCUUGUUGGGAUACAUAACGACCAGACUGUCAGUGCUAGAAGUGGAGCACGUCACCCAAUCAUGAAUCUCCAUGAAAGAAGCUUAAGUGUUCUGGCAUGCCGCUAUGUAGAUGAGGUGAUAAUUGGUGCUCCAUCGGAAGUGUCAAAAGAUACGAUCACAACAUUUGACAUUUCCUUGGUGGUUCAUGGUACAGUAGCCGAGAGUGAUGAUUUCCAAAAGGAGGAAGGUAAUCCGUAUGCUGUACCAAUAAGCAUGGGCAUAUUCCAGAUCCUAGAAAGCCCUCUUGACAUCACAACUUCCACCAUAAUCAAGAGGAUUGUAGCGAACCAUGAAGCUUAUCAGAAACGUAAUUUGAAAAAGGAAGCUAGUGAAAAGAAGUACUACGAGCAGAAGUCUUUUGUGACUGGCGACUAAUAGAAUCUUAAAAGCUUUUGUAAGACCAGACCAUCUUCGUGAUGUGAAUCUGUUUCUCCUUAUCUUUAUAUCUCUGUACUGGUUGUAGUAGGAUGUUUCUGGAUGAUGAUACUCCAAUGCUCUACGUAGUAUUACAUUUUGUUCUCUAGUUUAUGCUUUAACAUAAAAAGGGCAUUUAUAAUUUUUAGUACCAAAUGCUUCUUUUAUUUUC